GACCAGGCUCUUGGCCACCCGCCCUGUUCUUGAACUGCAGCUCUGGUCACACGUCCCCCAUCCACGCCCUCCUUGCCUGGGCCCUCAUGGCGUGUUCUGCAGUGGCCCCAGCUGCCUCACUUCCACCCUGCCCUCCACCACACGGCUACAGCGCCCCAGGUGGGCCAUGUAUCUCUGGGCGUGGGCACCCCGGUGGCAGGUACGUAGCUGGGAGUCAUGUUUCUAGUGGGCGAACAGCUCUGUCUCGUCCAGGUGAGGCAUGAGACGCACGCCCUGCGCCCGCUCCUGCCAGUGGAAGAGGAAGAGCUGCCAGGUCCUCUGUCCAUAAAUUGAAGAGUUUAGCAUUUUUCAAACACAUGAAACAGCUUUUUCCUGCAAUCUAGAGCCAUUAUCACUAUACUUAAUUAUAUGUAAAAAAAAAAAAAAAGAAUAAAAAAAUUAAUAAUUCUGCAUCUCUAAGCAUAACUCUUGAGCUGUCUGUAUCCUCCUCACUGGUGGUUCUUUUAUUAAAUGAACUAAAUGAAUAUGCUUCUCUAAAUCUCUUCCUCAAAUCUAGGUAAAAUAUUCAGUACAUUUAGUUACUGCUUGCUUUUCUAAAGUCUACCAACCUUGCCAGCAGGCAUGCCAGCUAAGCUAGUUAGACAAGCUAAUUACUCUUACUUGAUUGAUAGCCUGAAAUGGCUUCUUGGUAGCUGGGAGAUCGGGAACCUAUCUGGGCUAGCUAAAGCCAACUUCAUAAAAUUGCUAAGUGGCUAAUUGUAUUACAGAGAUUAUUACAUGUUUUUUGCAAAUGUCUUCAACAUGACAAAUCUGAGGGGUGCACCUGACAUGUGCCCGCUAUGGGCAUGACACCUCUGAGGGGGAUGUCUACAUUCAAUUGAUGUAGAAUAAUUGAUCAAAAUCACCCAAAGUGAGAUACAAGGUUUUUCCAGUGCGCCGGUGAUAUCCAGAUGUUUUGCCUCUGCGGUGGUGGGUACCUUGUUGGAGCAGGGAGCGGACAGCGGGCAUGUGUCCACGGUGGGCACUGAUGAACAGAGCAGAGAAGAGACGGUGAGAGAGCCAGGAGGGAGCUCCACCCAUAGAACCCAUAGCACUGGGAUGGGAGGAACGUGGCGGUGCUGGUUUGGACAUCACACUCUUGAGCUACGUGAAAUAAAGAGGAAAAUAGUCAUUUUUAUGUGUGAGAAGUAGAAAUGUUCAUCCUAAAAAAAGGGAAGAGUGAAGUUAAUAAGGUCUACAUGUUGUAAUAACAGCUGUGAGAUGUUGUUACUACAAGACCAUGGUGCUUCCCUACGGAGCUGUGAGGGGAACGGCACCUCCUUACCUUCAGGCUCUGAUCAGACCCUAUACCCAAACGAGGGCACUAUGUUCAUCCACCUCUGGCCUGCUAGCUCCCCUACCUCUACGGAAGCACAGUUCCCGCUCAGCCCAUUCAAAGCUAUUCGCUGCUCUGGCACCCCAAUGGUGGAACAAGCUCCCCCACGACGCCAGGACAGCUGAGUCACUGACCACCUUCCGGAGACACUUGAAACCCUACCUCUUUAAGGAAUACCUGGAAUAGCAUAAAAGUAAUCCUUCCUAUUUUUGUUGAUGAUGGUUCUUUUUUUAUUAUGAUCAAUAUUGACCUGAGCCAUAGAGAGUCUCUGUGUAUGACUGCUGUAGACUAUUAUUGGGGAUUUAUUAUUUUCAUAAUUGAUGGGAUGACUAACUUAGAAAGAAUGCAUUCUGGACUGUGCUAAUGUAGGUUGUGACACCUGGCAAGCUGUGAUUGAUGUAAAGAGCUGUUUUAGGGGGUAAAAUGAGAUAGGGAUUUGUGUCUCCAGAUACUGGAAUAUACUGGUUCUUUGUGAUCUGUGAACCUUCCUUGGACGUAGGAAUGGUGUCUAAGGGAGCUGGCUCUUCUCACUAUGACAGGUUGUUAUGAUGAACGUAUGCCUGGAAACAGGGAUGCGCUAAGAGGAGGGGGACUAGCCUGUGCGCCAACGGAUAGGCUGAGUAAGUCUAAACCACGCUCAAGUCUCUACUCUAAUUGGUCAGCAGAGAGGUGGGAAAUUCUCUCUGUCAGAGUAUUUGAGCAAGAACCUAGAACAAUGGAUUAGUUCUCUGAAGUGCCCUGCGAGGUAUUUCAAAGAGCCCGUAUAUACGAAACAUCAUAUUUACCAUUGAAGGUUUUUGCAUUAAUUAAAAUAACUAGUAUAUCUUAGAAGUCGUGUUGACCUCUUUUGUUCCUAAUGCCAGAUUUGAAUUGACGCAACUUUGACAAUUGGCGACCCCGACGUGAUCUGGUAGAAGGGACUUCGCUGGGUACUGUCCGGCCCAUUGGUCAUAUCUUUCAUUGGACUGUGUUUCACAAAAAGUCCGGACAACUUAAAGAAGGUAAGCAGAUACCUAUUGUUAAAUAACUAAAGAUCUGCAAAUUGGCUUUAUUCAAAUUAAUUUUGUGAAACAACUGUCUGAUGUAAGUGAACUAAAUUAUGAAACUAUUAUGAGUAGAUAAGCACAAUAUUGUGACAUGUAAACCUGUGGUGAAUGUGAUGUUAAAACCUUGGUACCAUUGAGUAUUGUUUCUUUGACACAUAUCCAGAGAGAUAUGGCUAGGUUCUGAGAAAAUACUGAAGUCCCCCCCAACCUGAAGAAUCUGGACACAGAUGGGUGAAGUCUUUUGAGAGUCUCACAGCAGCGGAUGAACUCACCAUAGGUGAUAUGGUUACUGUAAUGAACAGGUGUAUGGGAGACCAGGAAUGCAGAGAGAUAAUGACCUCUGGGGGACUGAGAGGGCAAGUGGGGUCGGCUACAAGAUUUGACCCCCACCGCAGUGACGUAUGGGAUGUCAUAAGGAGGAAGUAUCCUACCCAGGCCAGACCCGAACUGAUGAGAACUCUGACAUUGAAUGACGAUGAAACAAUACCAGCAUACAUGAAGAGGGCUAAGUGCCUCUGGAGGCAAGCGUGGAAUGAAGAACCAGGAAAAGACACCAUGAAACACCUCUUCCUGACAAACUGCCUGGGGGGACUCCCGGAUCAGGCUCGAGCUGAAUGUGAAAAAGUUGUGGCAAUCACCACAAAAUCAAUUCCGGAAUUUACCGAGAUAGCACAACACCAUGUGGAACGAUGGAGAGAGGGUAAGCGAAAGGAAGAGGAUGAACUCAAACAACUUCAGAAAAAGGUUCUGAAGAAGCAACUGACAGAGGACAAGCCAGGAAAACAAAUGGUGGUAACCAGUACCCCAACAUCUAAUCCUACCACUCCUGCACCAGGAAAUGAUACUGCUGCUGCAGUUACUGCUGUAAUACAGGCAAUGACGGGAAUGAUGGCACCUUCUGGUCCUCCUGGAUAUGGUGCACUCGCAUACCAGCAACCCUAUGUACCACCACGACAACAGGGAUACACCCCUAGAUACGCUGACCAAGGGUGUUUUAACUGUGGGAUGCAUGGCCACCAGGCAAGAUAUUGUCAGCUCCCAAGACAGGGACAACAAAGAGGGAGGGGUUACAUGGGACAGUCCAGAAGACAAGCACCGAGAUACCAGCAAGGAUGGGGAAACUGGCAAGGAGGAGGAAUGCCAGUCCAGCAGCACCAACCACCACAACAGCAGAACCGAAAACAAGACCCAGCAGUGCCUAACGCUGCCUUCCUGCCCAGCAUGUCAUGGCUGGGUGACGAACACAAUUACCAAUGAAGCUGCCCAGAAACCCAUAAGGAUCCCACCACCAACAUUUACACUUUCCCACCAGGUUCAGAGCCGGUAGUGACAUGUUUGAUUGGAGGUACAUGUACAUGGUCUUCUGUACAAGCAACAUAUCAACUCACUACCAAAACACAAGCUUUCUCUGGGGUUUCUGGGGCUAUUAUGAGAAAGCCAUACACAGUUCCAUUGGAGGUUGUAUGGGAUGACCAACAGGUUACCCAUCAGUUUCUAUACAACCCGGAAUGCUCAAUGGGGCUCAUGGGGAGGGACCUGCUUUCCAAACUGGGAUGUAGUAUAUAUUGUAACCAGGAGGGUCUACAUGCAUCCAUCACGCCCAUAGAUGAUCUCAUGCCAGUAAUCAUGAAAAAACUCUCUGACCCCCCUCACAUGCUAUAUGUGGGAACACACCUAAACGAGGAAGAUGAGGAGGAAGCAUAUGUUUACUGGCUGAAGCUCAUGGAUACUGACCCUGAUGCUCCCCGAGUAUGCAGAGAGUUCCAACUAUGGAAGGCCUGGAUACAGACCUUAAAUGCAUACUAUCCACCUGAGGACCCUCCGCACAUGACAAUGAACUAUACCAGGGACUUGGAUGAAGCAUAUGAUGAAGCCUGGGAGGAGGAAAUGGACGAUAGGCGCCCGAUUGUGACCAGCAAUUAUAUGUACAUACUCAAAGAAGGAGUGGCUACCAGCUGCAUGGUCAUGGAUGGAGACGUGGUACUCACAGACAAAUGGUUUGCUCUUCCUAGUGAUUCUGUGCCGCAUGUUACCCUUCUCGUGGGAUUUGGAUAUGAGGCAAGAUCUCUGGGACCAGCGGUAAAGGCAGCAAGUUGCCUACGGUGGAACAAAACCUCUUGUUACAACGUGGAAAGUGCAUUCCUUGAGGGAAAUCAAGUAUGGAGAAUUAAACUCAAUGUGGAUGAUGUGUCAAAACCAGAGGUUGUGAGGAGAUCACGUUACCAUGGCAGGGAGAUGACUGAUCAUCCGGAUACUCAUAACAUUUUCAAACAACUACCAGAGGAACUGUGGACAACAAGUGCUGAAGAUGUGGGGCUGGUUGAUGUAGAACCAGUGGUUGUCUCCAUUCGAGAAGAAAGUGAACUCACUAUCCCAGUUCACAAAUCUCAAUACCCUCUCAGUGAAGAGAAGACGAGGGGAAUUGACUCCAAAAAGGACAGGUUAUAUAUCCAACCUGUUCUGUGUGGAAUACACCCAUCCUUCCAGUAAAGAAAGGUGACACUGGGAAAUGGAGGAUGGUGCAGGACUUCAGACCAAUCAACGAAGUAACUGUACCAGAUGUUCGACCUGUACCAGACCCAUAUCUGGCCUUACAGAACAUUUCACCCACCCAAGAUUGGUUUACAGUAGUGGAUCUCGCCAAUGCAUUUUUCUGCAUCCCAUUACAUCCAGAGUCCCAGCCACUUUUUGCAUUUACCUAUAGAGGGCAGCAAUUUACGUAUUCCCGACUUCCACAAGGCUACCGCGAUUCCCCGGGAAUCUUCAACGCUAUCCUGAAGAGCCACUUGGAAGAACUAACAUUACCUGAGGGGGUGACACUACUCCAAUACGUUGAUGAUCUUCUGUUGGCAGCACCCACAGCUGAGUCUUGUUUGCAGGCCACCAAGUCCCUUCUCCUGUUGGUGGCCAAAAAGGGAUACAAGGUAAAGAAAGAGAAAGUGCAGUGCUGUCGGAGAAGUGUCCAGUUCCUGGGAAGAGUGCUGUCAGGGAAGGGACAAGCUGUGUCUGUGGCUCAGAGGACCUCCAUCUUGGAACAUCCCAAACCUACUACUGUACAACACCUUUUGUCAUUUCUUGGACUUACUGGAUAUAGCAGAAUGCACGUGCCAGAAUACUGCCUUAAAGUGGAACCACUGCAGGCAAUCUUGAGAGAAGCAGGAAACAGAAACCUCACAGCAGUCCUUAAGUGGACUCCGGAAGCAGAGGCAGCUUUAAUCCAACUCAAACAGACGCUGGCACAGGCUGAAGCACUGUCCUUACCCGAUUACACCACGCCAUUCUGUUUGGAUGUUUCUGAGCAGGAUGGUUAUGUACAUUCCAUCCUGUAUCAGAAACAAAAGGGGGAAAGAAGAGUGUUACACUACUAUAGCGCGAAACUGGACAACAUUGAAACAGGACAGACUGACUGUGCCAGACACAUGGCUGCCAUUGCAAAAGCUAUAGGUAAAACAGCCCACAUUGUGAUGAGACAUCCACUUGAAAUCAAUACAGAUCAUGGGGUGACCGCUUUUAUAGGCUCCAAACUUUUCACACUGUCCAGUAAAAGAAAAUCCAGCAUAACAAAGGCCAUCACUGCAAAGCACAUUACAUAUGUGACAACAGCAACCAAUAUGACCGAUGGUAUGGGUCUUGGAGAACCACAUGUCUGUGAGGAUAGAGCAGCCAAACAGAUCAAAGUCCGAAUGGACCUGCAAAACUCACCCUUGGAGGGGAACAAAAUCACCCUGUUCACUGAUGGAUGCUGCUACAGGUCAAAGGACCCAAAGGAAGGAAACACUGCUGCCUAUGCAGUGGUGAAACAAGACACAGAAGGAGGACAUGAAGUAAUGAAAGCAGAGAAACUUGGUCCCAAUGAAGCUUCAGCACAGCUAGCUGAACUUAGGGCGUUGAGGAGAGCUCUACAACUAAGUGAAGGAAAGAAUGUGGACAUCUACACAGACUCUGCCUAUGCACAUGGGAUUGCACACAUUGAUGGACCACAGUGGAUGAGGAGAGGAUUUGUGACCAGCUCAAAUGAGCCCAUCAAACACAAGAUUGAAGUACAGAAGUUAAUUGAUGCAACCCAGCUUCCCAAACGAGUGGCAAUAAUGAAGUGCAAAGGUCACAGCAGAGAAAGCACCAGAGUGCGUGAAGGAAAUGAUCGGGCUGAUCAAGUAGCAAAAGAUGCAGGAGGAUACAAUGCCCAGAAGAUGGUGCAAAACGAGCCACUCAAGGACAGGAGGAGUUGACGACAGACACAGUAAGACAGUUGCAAGAAGCAGCAGGGGCCUACGAACAGAACGUAUGGAGCAGACAGGGAGCAAGGCAAGACCAUCAUGGGAUUUGGAGAUCUCACACAGGAAAAACAGUGGGACCUGCAAAACUCCUCAGAUCAAUCUUAAGGGAAGAGCAUGAGAAGGCUCAUGGAGGAUGGAAAAGUGUCGUAAAAUCAGUUGAGAAAGCAUGGUGGCAUCCACACAUGUUGGACAUGGCAAGAGAGACAUCAGAGAGCUGUGAAGUGUGCAAACAAUACAACAACAAAGUGUCACUUGGAGCAGUGAUAGGCAGCUUCCCAAUACCUGAUGCACCAUUUCAAGACAUUUGCAUAGAUUUCACGGACAUGGGACAGGACAACAAAGUGGAAGGAAAAAGGUACCUGUUAGUAAUGGUGGACAGAUUCACCAGAUGGGUGGAAGCCAUCCCCACAGCAAGAAAAGACGCAAAGGCCGUGAUUAAGUGGCUGAGGCGAGACCUCAUUCCAAGGUUCGGGGUCCCGCGAAUGGUCCGUUCUGACAACGGUACCCAUUUCAAGAAUAAACACCUAAGGGAGGUAGAGCAGGCCCUAGGAAUCACCCACAAGUUUGGGUCAGUAUACCACCCCCAAUCGCAGGGACUCGUAGAAAGAGCUAACCAAUCGCUGAAACGAAAAAUGGCCAAAAUCAUGGCCGGAACUAUACUGAAAUGGGUAGAUGCCCUACCCCUUGCUCUAAUGUCAAUGAGAAAUUCACCUGGGUCUGAUACCCACUUGACUCCACAUGAGCUUAUGACAGGACGCAGAAUGCCAGGGCCACCAACAGACAAUCUUAGUAUGCCUAGGCUAGAUAUUGCAAAAAUCAGAUAUACAGACUACAUGCAGGCACUAAUUUCUCUUGUUGAAAGAUUGUCUAAACAGGUGGUGGAAGUGCGCACUCCUGCUGUUGAAACCACGGACGAGAACAGAGACAUCCUGGUGGGAGAUUGGGUGAGAGUGAAGGUGCAUUCCAGGAAGUGGACGGAGCCAAGGUGGGAAGGGCCUUUUCAGGUGAAAGAGGUAUCAAGUCACUUGCUGAGGGUAAACACGAGUAAGAAGGACAUGUGGUACCACAGAACACAUUGUGCCAAAGAUAUAUUUCCAGGAAGAACUCUAGAUCAAGUACAACAGGACUUGGCUGCAGACGGGGAAGAUGUUAUGGUUACUAGCGGGGCUGGCCCUAUGGGGAACAGUGACAUCCAGUCAGUAUCA